CUGGGUCCCCUCGCCCGCGGAGGCUGCAGGCGAGUCCCCGGGCGCAAGAGCUGGAGGGGCGCGCUGUGCUCCGGGGCUCUGGGGGAGUCCUUAGUUGGAGGCCAAGUUGCUUCCGCCACUUUGCCGCGUCUGAAGUCCUGGAAGGACAGUCACUUCCGUGUCUCCAGGGUGCCGCCUACCCAACCCGAACUCAAGCCUUGGUCUUCCAUUGAUAGAGGACAGAAAUACACUAUCUCAGGGAAUUCGGCUCCUUUCUGCCCAAAGAAUUCGCAUCACUUGAAUCUGUGUUCUUUUUGAAUACUUACGGUUAAUAUGGAAUUGUUGCGUGGUUAAGAUUCAGUUGUCAGGCUGUGCCUACCUAAAGCCCUUUUAAUAGCGUUCUGGUGUUCCAGCACAGCGUGGGAAAGCAGAUCCACCUCAACAGCAGUGCUUUGGUUCCUGAGUUGUCUGCCAGCAUCAGCAGCACCCGGGAUUUAUUGGAAAACAGAUAUCGGGGUCUUAGCCGAGAUUUAUGGAAUCAAAUUGUUUUAGCAAGCCUCCAUGGGUGCUAAAGCUUAGCAGUGCCGGACAGAACUGUUGUGGAGUCACAGCUACAGCUGUUGGUAUUUCUGGAUUCCUGAAACCAGACCACAGUCCCCAUCUGUGUUCCUAAUUUCCAGUCAUGCAGCGGAGAUCGAGAGGGGUCAAUCUUGGGCUCCUUAUGCUCCUGUCUCAAAUCUUCCAUGUCGGGAUCAACAAUAUUCCGCCUGUCACCUUGGCAACCUUGGGUCUCAACGUCUGGUUCUUCCUGAAUCCUUGGAAGCCCCUGUAUCAUUCCUGCCUCAGUGUGGAGGAGUGCUACCAGCGGAAAGACUGGCAGCGGCUGCUGCUCUCUCCUUUUCACCAUGCUGACGAAUGGCAUUUGUACUUCAACAUGGUGUCCAUGCUCUGGAAAGGAAUAAAUCUGGAGAGAAGACUGGGAAGUAGAUGGUUUGCCUAUGUUGUCACCACAUUCUCCCUCCUCACUGGGGUGGUGUAUUUGCUCUUGCAGUUUGCUUUUGCUGAGUUUAUGGAUGAACCCGACAUCAAAAGGAACUGUGCAGUAGGCUUCUCAGGAGUUCUGUUUGCCUUGAAAGUUCUUAACAACCAUUACUUCCCUGGAGGCUUCGUCAGUGUUUUGGGCUUUCCUGUACCAAACAGAUUUGCUUGUUGGGCGGAACUUGUGGCUAUUCAUUUCUUCACCCCAGGGACUUCCUUCGCUGGGCAUCUGGCUGGGAUUCUCGUUGGACUAAUGUACACUCAAGGGCCUCUGAAGAAACUCAUGGAAGCAUGCACAGGCAUUUUUUCCUCCAAUAUCAGCUACUCGGGCCAGCAGUACUACUUUAAUAGUGCAGGCCCCUCUGGAUAUCAGAACCACUACCCAGGUGGCAGGCCAGGGGUCUACGAAGACGUUCAUAGGAACUAUGAUGUCUACACAGCAGGACUGAGUGAGGAGGAGCAGCUGGAAAGAGCAUUGAGAGCCAGCCUCCGGGACCGAGCUUGCUGGAUGCCUGCCCAGAAGCUGCUGAGCCACUGUUUGCCAAGCUGCCAACUUCAAAGAUGCUGUCUUAGUUUGGGAUGCUUUGACAGAUACCUUAACAAGGAAAUACCAGAAAUAGCCCACCACCCUAUGGCUUUCGGCUCCCACCAGAAGAAGAAAUGAGGAGACAGCGGCUUCACAGAUUUGACGGCCAGUGAUGUGGCACCGUGUCCUGGGAAGACAUGACCUGGGUGUGGACUCCUAGCCCAUUUGGUUCACUCCCCAAACCCCUAAUUGGUUUUAAACAAAGGCAGAGCACACCAUUGUUGUUCAGAUUGUUCCUGUCUGCCAUGAACUCUCACUCUGUGGCCCCUGUGUAUCUGGAUUCACAGGCCCUGCUGAUGUGUCUGGAAACCAAACUUGGCCUAGGGAGCUGGCAGCUUUCCCCAGUGGGCCAUCUGACCUGUGCUCUAUCCCAAACCAGUCACCGCUUCAGCUCUGGGGCAGGGUUUCCCACUUCUGUCCUUACCUCCUAACUCAGUGGCAUCUCCACAUUGGGGUUGAAGACCAUGACCUUAACAGGAAGGUGUUUUCACCGGAUGGGAAGAUGAGCACUCUUUCUGCCUGGUGUGCGAGGUGCUCUAUUUGCCAGGAGGUGCAGCACCACCCCCACUAUUCUCCUGGCUUAUGUCCAUGAUGGCUUGGGUUGUGGCUGCCUCCCCUGCAAGCUCUGUUCUCCUUCAUGCAAGCACCUCAGGUCCUCAGGCCCCUGGGUCUGGCUGGUGUUCACAGCUCACCCCUUUGCUCUGCACGUAGGCGUCUGAUGGGAGGAGAACCUGGAAGCUCUAAAGUGGAGAAAGUGCCUGCACUCUCUUUAGCUCUCCAGUGGCACCAUGGAUUUGGAUUCACAGCAUUUCCCAGUGUGGCCCUGCCACCCAGAGCAGAGCGAAGCGGUCCAGUAGACUGGUCACCAGAAAUCCUUCUUGCAGGAAGUAUUUUUUUUUCUUCAUAAAAGUGCCUUUCCAUUGGCCAUUGUAAUGGCUGUUUGUUCUUAAUGAGUGUCCAAAAAAUGUCCCAGGGAGCUGCAGUGUUUAAUUCACAGAUUGUCUGAGCCACAUAAGACCUCACUGGUGCUCGUGCUCUGGGAAUAAAAAGACAAAGCCAGACUAUCCCUAAUGUCAUAUUGUCAUGGAGGUGUUUAUUUUUAAAGAGAAUUAGGAACAGGAAAAAAAAAUAGGAUCCUCCAUUCAUGUAUAGUUUUCUGAUUGUAAAAGUAGUAGACAAGCCUGUAUGUGAAAUGCAAACAUCUGGAAGAAUAUUCCAAAUGUUAACACAAAUUAUCUUUGGAGGUGGACUACAUGGCACUUGACUUUCUCUUGUUUACAGUUUGUUUUUAAAACUGGGUGUGGGUGUGCAUUGUCUUUGCAGUCAAGAAAACUGAUUUAUAUGCUAAAUCAAGAGACAUGUAACCAGUAAGACAGACAAAAAUAGAUACA